GCUAACGUUAUGAAUGUGCUGUGAAGUGAGGACAGCUAGGAUAAGACGUGGUGUUCGCAUCGGUUCAACCGUGUCACUAUAAAACUACAGCGGAAAUUUAACUGAAUUUUUAACAUCCGGUGUUUUACGCGUCACAUACUGAGUCCCACACGGAUAGAAUAAAGCACACAAAAACCAAUAUCAGCACUGUUGUUAUCGACUGGCCUGGAUUUGUGUUUGACUUGUGCGUGCUGUUAUUUCUGAUGUGAUUUAAUUUUAUUUCUUGCCCAGGUCAGACUGACCGGAAGUACGUCAGUGAGUAGCCAUGACAACGGCCAUGCAGGGGAUGUUUCGCUGUCUUUUGACCUCAGCCCUGGUGGCGCUGUCCUGUUCGCCCCCACCCCCACAGGGCUCAUUUUUUUCACCGCCACCUGACCCCUUUGGACCACCCCCCGCUUACCCACCCCCACAGCCACAGGCGUAUGCACCUAUCCCACCCCUUGGAUACGCCCUUCCACCGCCUCAAGGCUACGCCCCUCAACCUAAUACAUAUAACCCACAGUAUUACCCCCCUCCCCCCUCUCCUGGCUUCAGCCUGACCCAGCUCAGCUACCAGCCCCAGCCCAUGAACAGCAGACCCCUACCCCCACUACCCCCUAUUGCCCCCCCUCGAGACGCAGCGCCCGCGGGGUCAUCAGGCUACGCCACAGGACCGGUCGAGCAGGAGUUCGAAGGUGACCCCUAUGCUACAGGGGGUGGGGCACCCGCCAGUCAUUCUCAGAAUUCUGUGUACGGCGCACAAGACACGACUCUACUGGACGCCUACCACAGCAGUAACUCUAACGGUGGCAGUGGAAGAUCUCAGGGCACCGACCUAAUGAACGGCGUGGUCGGCGCCUAUAUGAUCAACGAAUAUGUUUUCUAGGACGAUUGGAUUUCAUGUACCUUUUUGUUUCUUAAUGUUAUGUAUCUACACAAACUUACCGUGCCAUUGAAGUCAACUUGAUUGCUACCAAUAAGGUGUGACCUCUGCAUCAUAAGUUGAUACUUUGUUUGGUAGAGUCAAGCAACUAUUAACCAAAAGCGUGUGUAGCCCAAUACACCUUUCACUGCCCACAUAGCUUGGUUAUUGAGAGAGAGGUGACAGAUCUAGAUCUAAAAACAUCUCCGGAAAAAAUGCUUGAGCUAAAAUUAUAGAAAAUGAAAUGUGUUUGUAAAAGAAUCAAAUAAAAUGUAACAGUUCAAACAAAUA